AUGUCAUCAUCAGUUAAAAGAAAGUUGGUCAUAGUUGGUGACGGUGCUUGUGGUAAGACUUCAUUACUAUAUGUCUUUACUCUAGGUGAAUUCCCAACUGAAUACCACCCAACAGUGUUUGAAAACUAUGUUACUGAUUGCAGGGUUGAUGGAAAGGCUGUACAAUUAGCUCUUUGGGAUACCGCUGGUCAAGAAGAAUAUGAAAGACUAAGACCUUUAAGUUAUUCAAAGGCCAACGUCAUAUUAAUAGGUUUUGCUAUAGAUCAACCAGAUUCGUUACAAAACGCUAAGGCUAAAUGGAGUGAUGAAGUUUCAAGAUAUUGUCCUUUUGUACCUGUUAUACUAGUUGGGCUGAAGAAAGAUUUAAGAAACAAUUCACCAGAUAAAACAAAUAGAAAGAAGUUUGUUCAGCCCGCUCUUGGUGAAGAAGUUGCAAGAUUGAUUGGUGCUAAGAAAUACUUGGAAUGUUCUGCUUUAACCGGUGAAGGUGUUGAUGAUGUCUUUGAAGCGGCUACAAGAACAAGUUUACUAGUGCUGAACGAACGUUCAUCUUGUUGUACUAUUACUUGA